CGUAGAUCAAGAGAUCGAAGCUGUGCCACAUUACUACAUAUAUAUUCCGUGUUGGCAGUAUUUCUCUUCUUUCCAUAUCUUUCCACCUCUUCCUCCACUCACACCUACUUUCUACUAGUCAUGAACGACGACAUCCCCCCUACACUUGAUUGUCGAAGAGCCAUUCUGGAACUCACUGAACGUCUUUGCUCUCAAAAACAUGUUCGAGAUGGUAUAAAUGACCUCCUCAAGUUCAGCCACUCGGAAGAUUCAGAAUUUCAGCGCUACGGUCGAAAGAUUAUCGCCCUGACUGAGGUCGCACGCAGCACUCUUACACGUGUGGGAGUGAAAUUAUACCUGUUCGUUGUUUGUCCACAGACCUUGCUGCCAUUGAAGUCGGCGUACUUCAAAAUGCUGAUUUUAAUCAGACGCCGCAAACACGCCUUUCCUUUGGAACUGGACGACAGAAUAAAUCGGCUCUUACUUCCUCUAUACACUCAUCUCGUCACAUAUUACGGGGGAGUCGACACCCGUGCUCAACUGGGCAUCAAGGAAUUACUUGUCGCUCCGGAUACACCGGCCGCAGAAAAAAGGACCUGCCUGCCUGCUGCUAUCUCAUCAGUGCCAAAACCAGAUGCGGCAGGGGUUAUGCCACCGCCGGAUACUUUCGCGAAAAAAAGAGCGAGAGUCAACCCGCUUGGGGGAUUUAUAAAGCAGCAAUCUACGAAGGAGUCACACGCACGAAAACAUCUAGUGCCUAAGCAAUACCCAAUAGGUGAUCUAGGUGACAAUGGAGCCAAACCCUUAGUGUCUAAGGAAUACCCAGCGGCUGACAUUGAACCGGGCGACGACGGGGGAUCUUCUCGCCCUCGAAGGGUGUUCACUCGAACAAAUGCCAAGUAUUUUGGCAUUUUUUGCACUGGGAAGCAACCAGUUGCUUCUGCCAGGACUGUUUGCAUUGACUAAUAUAUAUCGCAUUGUAUUUCAUCAAAGUUCACGACUGUCUCUCCGAUACUUGUCAUCUCAUGAAUACGGAAUCCAUCUGCCUGUAUUACACUUAACAUCAUUCACACAUUUUGUUACUGGCUAUCCUUCAAGGUUUUAUAUUUGUGGUAAUACAUCCAUUGCUGUAUCUUCCUUUUAUGUAGUUGACGAAAAAUUCACCUCCCUCGGCUGCUGUACUUCUGGUCUUUCAAGUCUGGAGGCCUUUGCCUUUGCCUAUCCCUGCCCGCAGAUUCGCAAUAUCACCCCUCCACCCCUCAACUUCUCUGUCGUUUGUACCUCUCGGCUGGAGGCGCCUUGGGAUAACAUCUCUUCGUCGAUGAUAUUAAU